CACACUGAACCUCGGGACCUACUCUUCCGUGAUAUUUCGUCACUGGUUGGUGACAGUGUGCAUGUGUAUAUAUAUCUACACGAUGGCUGCUCUGUCCCAGAGAGUGUACUUGUUACAGACACGGCUCUAAGUAGGCUGGCUUUACUUCUGGUCUAAACCGUGUGCUCAGUACCGUUGAUGAAGUUGACGUGAGAGCAUCCCUACCAUGUUAUGUAUUAGGUCGUCCAAAACUAAGAAGGUGCUACGAUUGAGUCCGAAGUCAAAGAAGAAACAAAAACCGAAGGAGAGUCAUACCAUGAGAGAGAUGGACGGACAGGGGGCAUGCAAACUUAACGACGUACUCCCAAAUGGCUUCUCAGACAGGGAAAUUCUAGAACUCAAACAAGCUUUUGACCUGUUUGACAAGAACAACGAUGGCAAGAUAUCCUGUGAAGAGCUUGGAUGUGUACUCAGGUCACUCGGUCACGAUUAUACGCAACCGGAAGUAGAAGAGAUGAUAAAAAAUGCCGAUAAAAAUGAAAACGGUUUUGUAGAAUACGACGAAUUCCUUAUCUUAAUGAAGCGCUGGGCGGCCAACCACGCCGCACGCGCAGAAGCAGAGGUGACAGAGGCGGAGGAGAAGACGAAGGAGACCUUUAAAGUGUUCGACAUGGACGGUAACGGCUACAUCGACAAGCACGAACUGCGGUACGUCAUGCGACGUCUCGGGGAGAACCUUGAGGAGGAGGAUGUGAAGGCUAUGUUCCAGCUGGCCGACCUCAAUGGCGAUGGCUUGAUAGAUUUCGACGAAUUUAACAAACUAAUGGGUGGUCUUAGUUUCCCAUUGUUUCCAAAGGAUGUCGGUUCAGGGGAGGCAACUGCACAUAGCUCAAGUCAAGACAGUCAAAAGAAGAAGAAAUGAAACGUUCCUUAAAAGAAACAUUUAAGUGUUUUCGGUUCUUUUCCCUUGUCCCGCCAAAUCUUGAGAUGAUGUGAUACCUUGAAGACUUCCUUCUUAGGCAAUAAACAGAGACCAUUGGUUCUCUUCUGGGACAAGGUCGAGGUUAAGGAAGAAGGUCAAGGUCAUUGGGCCCCUUGUGCACAACAGACAAGGUCACAGUUCACAUUCCAUCUACCGUAUGUUGUUCUCUGUCAAGCACAAAGGAUGCACUAUUUAGCAAAUCACCUUUUUAUAUAUAGUCGGAUAACACUUUCACUGAAGAGAAUUCCAAAAAGGAAUAUUUACAUUGUUUCCGGGAUUGUUGUCUAUGUUUAAGCGACAGAGGAUGUAUUUACCAAUGACUCACGGAGCUAGAACUUCCUGCAACGACAGUGCAGCUAUAACAAGAUGUCCCAGAACUCCUUAUUGCAAAUGGUGAAUAUAUCAUAUCCAGUAUAAUGGGGCCGUCAGUUAAUGACGGUCAAUCAGAGGACAUGUCACGGUUUAUGUCGGAUUAGACCAGACCAGCGGGAGGAGAUGGCCACGGCAGGAACAUUCUACCGCCUUGUGUUGAGGACGGCAAAAGACGGAAUUAUUUAUACAUGUUUGGGUCCCCUAUUGUUCCACUGCUUCGUGAGUGCUCUGGAGAGACGGACGGAUAUAUUAUCCAUUGUGAUAGAAUGUGUUUUCUUUCUCGCCUCGUGUUCACAAUUUUGUAAACUAUACCUUUUUUAGCAAUCUCGUACUUUGGAUGGUUGUUUUUGCACAUUUAAGAAGAGUGAUCAUAUUGUUUGUUAUCAUGAUGAAUUCCCCGUUCCCUCCUUCCCCUCCUCCCCGAGAGUAAAUAUUAUUUAUUAUUUAUGAUUUCGUAUAUACAUGAUGUUCAACCUCUUCAUAAUGAAUGGCAACGUGUUUACGUUUAUAUGAAAUGCUGUAAUUAUCACUGGCCCGCCCGACACCAUCCUUGCUCAGAGCCCGUAUGACAUCUGGCAAUACUCAUCACUGAUCCUACAAUGCCCAUCACCUAUCACGGCUGUAGCAUUUAGGAUAGUAUAUCAACAUGGCCUCCAUCCCUACGAACUACAAAUAGGGCGGUGCGGGGGGCCGGCCGAGAAGGCACAGCGUUCGCCACACAAAAGACCCGGGUAGAUUUCCCCGAUAUGCGUUCACUGCAUGCCGCCCUCUAUUGGUGUCCGUGGUAUUUAUGUAAUAUUGUUAAAGCCGCACCAUGUUCACUGAAUCCAUUUAAGAAUUGACUUUAAUAUGUUUAAGCCUUUAUGGAGGUGUGAAUGGAAACAUCGGUGUUCAUAUUGUGUAAAUCCGCGUAGCUUAUUUUCGCAAAGAGUGCACACCGGCGUUAACCUUUAUAACUCCAUGAAAUAUAACGCCGCAAAUCAUAUUGAAGACCAUCUUUAUAAAUGAAUACGUCAAAAAUAAUAUUUACGUGUACUGAUUAUUUAAUCAUUAACACACUAAUAAUUUCGACAGAAUACGGAAUCUGUGAAAUAUUGCUUGGUUACUGCACGGAAUCGCUUGCCAGUUAUUUAUCACCUCAAGCAAAAGUUUCAAUCUUUUUACCAUUGGAUUUCCAUCGCUCUUUUGGGGGAAAUUUUGAAAGGGAUUACUGAUUUGAUUUAAUUGAUUUUAUUGCGAAAAAUCCAAGGAAUUAGGCAAAAGUGACACACUUUCGAGGCCUUCUCCUAAAGGGAUUCAUCACUUCGGGUUUUCCUCCCACGUUAAGAUGACACUCCGUGAUAUAACUGGAAUUCUGUUAAAAGCGGCGUUAAACCCAACUCACUCACUCACCCUAAAUGGAGAACUCUGAAUAAUUUUCACGUCUCCAAAGGAUUGCAAAAAAUGUCAAAUCUACUGGUAACGUAUAUUGUACGAAUUACUGCGUCUGUGCAGUUAUGUCUCAAAUCCGUAACAAAGUGCCAUGCAUAAUUGCAGUACUUGCAGCAAAUGGUUAGCCUGGCAAUACGUCAUGUUGAUGUUUGUGCGGAAUACAGAAAAUAUUCUUUUACAACCACGUGUUACUUUUUCUACAUCCAUCAGUUUCCUUGUUGAUGAACUCCAGGUAUAUCCACAUAUAAGACGCUUAUCAACUUAGUAUCAAGUAGCUACUUGGAGUCAGAACACCACUUCGCCAUGGACACCACCAAUCCACCGUCAUCUUCCUCCAUGUAGAGGACACAUACCCUUUCCUCAUCCAAACCAAAGACCACAUCCUACCGCGCCCAUCAAACAACACCGACAGCUUAUCAGCAAGUCGCUUCAGGCAAACUGUAUGUCGAUCGCAUGUAGAAUACAAUACUGAAAGCAUUUACUAUGAAAGAUAAGCAUAUUCUUUACAUCCAGAAUGUCAAACACUGCAUACGUAAAGCAACUGCUCAAAAGAAGUGAAGAGCACCCGAUUUAUAUAUAUAUAUAUAUAUAUAAUAUAUAUAUAUAUAAUAUAUAUAUAUAAUAUAUAUAUAUAACUAUGGUAAUAUAGUAACAUCAAAGAACCGUGUGUUCUUAACUUCUUUUGAGUAGCAUGCAUGAACUAUAUGGUAUUUUAGAUACGUUGUUAAGUGUUAGCUUCUGACUUAACUGGUAUUGGAAAAUAUGUGUGUAUUUGUUUCCUAGCAGUAUUAACCCCGGACUGACCGCGUGUUAUAUAUUACCUAAAUAGGGUAGGCUUUCAUUUUUUUGUCCAUGGCAGGUUAACUACUGAAGGCAACUAAACUCGCCUUAUUGAGUAUUGACAGUGGUAUUUGUACCUUUCCAUUAGCCUGGGAACAUAUGGACACACAGUAUUAAGAGGUUGAAUACAUGUUGGUGCACAGACUGGGUCAUAUCCUACACCUAUCGAUCUCUUUCUUAUAUUUGAAAUGUUUCGUGAUAUCUCACCCUGUAAAUAUGUACAUAUGUCGUUGUCCAAAUAAAAGUUACAUUUCCUGAGCUACCGACCUGUCA